GCCCCGGGUCUUCAAUGGUGCCUCCCCGACAGUUGGUGAAGCUGCAAUAAUAAGGUAUCUACCUUACCUUAGGUAAUCAUCACCUCCUGAUAAGGUACCUAAGUAUCUACUUAGCCACAACGCCACAGUCCAGAAGCCCCCAAGGAAUGUGGCGUCACCCGCCGCCGCCCACUUUUCCCCCUAUUCUACGGAGUAUUUCGUACGGUCCACCUAUCCUUCAUCAACCUGCUCUUGAGUGAGUUGAGUCUUCCUCUCACAAUGCACACGAGCGCAAUGCAUAGAUCUACGGCACACCUACCCAGUUAAUUGCCGGAGCAUCAUCAUGGCAGAUCUAGACCAACUAUUUGCUUACGACCGUGACACCCAGCAUGAAGGCACACAACACUUGGCCGUCAACAACACCUUCAUCCGCCGCUGGAUUACUCUCCUCGCGCUCCGGAUCACGGCGCGAUUCUACAAGGCCGAUGGCAUUUGUGUCCCUAUAUCCAGGAAUCUCAUUGUGAAAAGGGGACCGUUCGUCCAUCUCACUGAGGCCGCCACCAUGGAGUUCGUCGCUGCCAACACGUCGAUACCGGUGCCACGCGUGCACUGCGCCUUCAUCCACAACAACAUGGCUUAUAUUGUCAUGGAGCGCGUCAGGGGACGGUCUAUCGCCGGAGCCUGGAAAUCGCUGUCAGAGGCCGACAUGAAAAGCAUCUUAACGCAGCUCCGAACCAUGUUGCAGGAGCUUAGGGCCUUGCCACCGCCGCCCGGUGCCGGGGUACAGAGCUGCGUCGGGGGCUCUUUGAUGGAUUCCAGGAUCCCUCAUGCAAGACCCAGAUUUGGCCCCUUCAGCACCAUUCAGGCCUUUCAUAAAUGGCUUCGAAAAGACUACCGCCUAGAGGAUCACCCGCCGAUCAAGGACGAUGGGGACAGGAAGGGCGUCGAGCUUAUGAUAGCGAUGCAAGACGGGCCGUGGCCUCCCCCCGUGUUCACGCACGGCGACUUGAACCCCUCUAACAUCUUGGUUCGAGGAGACCGUGUCGUGGGUAUCAUUGAUUGGGAAUUCGCGGGCUGGUAUCCCCAUUAUUGGGAAUAUACCUCAGUGUGGUAUGGAAACAGGCUUCGGCACGAAUGGCAAGGCAUGAUUCCAGACUUCCUCGAUCCUCACCCGGCGGAACUGCAGAUGGAGAUUACGCGUCAGAGGGGAUGGGGUGACUUUUGA